AUGGCGCGGCUGUUCCUGCUCCAGCUGUGCAUAUGGCGUCUGGGGGCGACCGUCUCCUCGCAGGACUGCUCCGCGGACACCGUCGUUCGAUACCAGCCGUUGCGCGUCCACUGCGGCGGCACCUUAUUCGCGUUAACCGGAGCAUACACGGGCUCGGAAUCCGGGACGCAAUGUUCCCGCCAGGCGGAUCCCAGCGACCAGCAGGCCGGAGCCGAUGCUGCUGCUGCUGCGGCGGCGGCGGCCACGCGGACCGUCACGGUGACGGCACAGGGCGUUGCGCAGACCAUCACGGUGACGACCCAGCCCAGCGCCGCGGUCCCGGGGACCAACACGACGCCAACAACACUCACCAUCGCGCCGAGCGGCACCGGCAUCGGCACGGUCAUCGUCCAAACACCGCCCGCGGCAAGCCCGUCCAGCACGAGCACCCAGCCCGCGACGGCGACUUCUUCCUCGUCCACGGCGCCUGCUUCGGCAGCCGUCCCGUCCAGCAGCACGUCGUCUACCAGUUCCAUCACCGCUUCCUCACACUACCACAGCGCCUCCAACGACGACCAUGUCUUCCAGCAGUACGGUCUCAGAUACAUCGUCUUCCGCCAGCUCUUCCAGCACCACCACAGAGCCUUCAACGGCAGCCAUCUCGUCCAGCAGUACGGUCUCGGAUACAUCGUCUUCUGCCAGCUCUUCCAGCACCACCACAGAUCCUUCAACGGCAACCAUCUCGUCCAGCAAUACGGUCUCGGAUACAUCGUCUUCUACCAGCUCUUCCAGCACCACCACGCAGGCUCCAACGACAACCAUCUCGUCCAGCAGUACCAUGGUUUCAGAUAUGUCGUCUGCUACCAGCUAUUCCAGCACUACCGCAGAGCCUACAACAACAACCAUCUCUUCCAGCAGUAUGGUUUCAGAUACGUCUUCCACCAGCUCUUCCAGCACCCUCACCCAGGCUUCCACCAGCACCACCAUAGAGCUUUCAACGGCAUUGAUGUCUUCCAGCAGUACGGGUUCGGAUACAUCGUCUUCCGCCAGUUCUUCCAGCACCACCACAGAUCCUUCAACAACAACCAUUUCCUCCAGCAUGGCACGGUUCCCGGCACUGUCAUCAUCCAGACGCCGCCGGCAGUAGAGUCCUAUGCCACGAUUACCCAGUCUCUCACCGGCACUGGUACAGCCGCUACUACGGUGACCAUCCCACCUACCGGUACGGUUCCGGGCACUGUGGUUAUCCAAACACCAGUCCUUCCGGCCGCUUAUAUCACCAUUACGCAGACCCUCACGGGGACAGACACGGCGCUCACGACCAUGACCAUCUCGCCCAGCGGCACCGUCCCAGGGACUGUAGUCAUCCAGACGCCGCCAGUGGCGGAGUCCUACAUCACUGUAACCCAGUCUCUUACCGGCAGCAAUACGGCACCUACGACGGUGACAGUCCCCCCGAGCGGUACUGUUCCCGGGACUAUUAUCAUCCAGACGCCGCCGGUAGUUGAGUCCUACAUUACUAUCACUCAGUCUCUCACCGGCAGUAAUACAGUACCCACGACGGUGACUGUUUCCCCCAGCGGUACUGUUCCCGGAACUGUCAUCAUCCAGACGCCGCCGGUAGUUGAGUCCUACAUUACUAUGACUCAGUCUCUCACCGGCAGUAAUACAGUACCCACGACGGUGACUGUUUCUCCCAGUGGCACUGUUCCCGGAACUGUCAUCAUCCAGACGCCGCCGGUAGUAGAGUCCUAUGUCACGAUUACCCAGUCUCUCACCGGCACUGACACGGCAGCUGUGACGGUGACCAUCCCACCUACUGGCACUGUUCCCGUGACUGUUUCCCCCAGCGGCACUGUUCCCGGAACUGUCAUCAUCCAGACGCCGCCUAUCACGGGCCCCUACGUGACCGUGACGCAAACCCUGACUGGCACCGAGACAGUUCCGAUUACGCUAACAAUCCCGCCAAGCGGCACCGUUCCCGGGUCCGUCAUCAUUCAGACACCGCCUAUUACCGGCCCCUAUGUGACCGUCACGCAAACCCUGACCGGCACCGAGACAGCUCCGAUUACGCUGACAAUCCCGCCAAGCGGCACCGUUCCCGGGUCCGUCAUCAUCCAGACGCCACCCAUAACCGGACCUUAUGUCACCCUCACCCAGGCGUUGACCGGAACAGAGACCGUCCCAACGACCUUGACUGUCGACCCGAGCGGGACCGUCCCCGGAUCCGUCAUUGUCUUUGUCACGCCAACUUCUUCGAUUUCGCCAUCAUACGUCACGGUAACGCAAUUGGUAACGAGCUUCAGCGCAACUGCUGGCACCGUCACCAUCCCCGCCUCCGGAACCGUCCCCGGCACAGUGAUUGUCGAGACGCCGUUGCCCAUCUACCCCGGUUAUUGCAGCAACAUCAAUUCUUCCUGCGCCCCCGCCGGUCUCAAUCUCAAGGUCUACAACAACCCCUUCUGCACCGGCUACGGCGGCUACGGCGGCUCCAUCCCGAACAACAACGGCAACUACAGCCUCUACCUGGGGCAAAGCGUGAUAGGGCAAACCCUGACCAACUCGACAAACGUGCCGACAAACAGCGUGCCGGCCGGCGUCACCUUCGGCGCGACCUGCAACACGUACCUGGGCCCAAUAUACUACCUCAACAACUUUGCCCAGGUUGUCAACGGGAUAACCGUCGACGGGAACGCCUUUGGGCUCGUCUACUCGGGCUUCUACCGGCCCCGGGAAACCGGCACCUUCCAGCUGUGCAUGACCAACACCGACGAUCGCGCCAAUCUUUUUGUUGGCAACGGCAGCGCCGUCGACUGCGCCCACGGGAGCGUCAACCCGGGCGCGCCUUCGCUUGCCGAAGCUCAGCUACAGCCGACUGUUCCCAAUACGAACGCAGGCACGAGAUACGUCAGCGGCUGCACGACGUUUCAGAUGACGCAGGGCUAUUACUACCCGCUGAGGAUCUCGUUUGGCCAGAAUUCAGGCGGCUUUCAAUUCAAUUUCGCAAUCACGACGCCGUCCGGAGCUACGUCGAAUGCCUUUGACGGGCUAGUGUAUCCGGUGGGCUGCGGCAUCUAUAUCUAG